GUAAAUACUCUCUUUUUUAGUCUUUAGUGUACAGCUAUGCUGAAACUGCACUUGUCCCCACACCACUUAUAACAUUAACAAGCUUUGCUUUCAUGGCUUCUUCUCUCUUCACCCAUACACGAGACCUUUCUCUGAAUUCCAAGUCACAAACUUCUUACCACUAAGCCUUCCUUUUCACUUCGUUUCAGUCUGUUUUGGGCUUCUUGCUGUUGUUUUUGGCUUUAAUUUCAGUGGAGGAAUGAAUGAAGGGGUGUCUCUCAAGCUGAAGCUGAGUCUGAGUAUGGUUUUUGUGGAGGUGCUUUUGUUGAUUUCGAGUCUGAAUGAAUGUCACUGCAGCCCAUUCAAUGAUUUUGGAGGUCCAUUGUCGACUGACAGAAGAGUAGAUGGUUUUCUUCCUGAGAUCUCUCCAGAUUCAGCUCCUCAGCCCCUUCUUCCUCUUCUUGCACCUACUCCUUUAGCACCUUUCACAAACAGUACUGUCCCAAAGUUAUCAGGACAAUGCACAUUAAAUUUCACUGCUGCCCAAAGUUUGAUGAGCACAACAUCAAUUGAUUGUUGGUCUGUUUUUGCGCCAUUGCUGGCUAAUGUUAUAUGCUGUCCACAGUUAGAAGCCACUCUUGCAAUACUUGUUGGCCAAUCCAGUAAAGAUACCAAUGCUCUUGCUUUAAAUGGGACUGUUUCAAAGUAUUGCCUUUCAGAUAUUGAGCAAAUUUUGGUGGGUCAGGGUGCAGCAGCUAAUGUGAAUAAGAUAUGCUCAAUUCAUCCUUCAAAUCUCACUGAAGGGGCUUGCCCUGUCAAGGAUGUCAAUGAAUUUGAGGGCACUGUGGAUUCUUCCAAGCUACUUGCUGCCUGUGAAAGUAUUGAUCCUGUUAAAGAAUGUUGUAAUCAAGUUUGUCAAAAUGCCAUAUUAGAAGCUGCGACAAAAAUUGCAUUAAAAGGUUCUGAAGUGUUGAGCAUAGCUGGGUCCCGUGGUUUAACUGAGCAGUCAACAAAGGUUGUUGAUUGUAAACAGAUUGUACUCCGAUGGCUGGCUGGUAAACUCGAUCCUUCUCAUGCAAAGGAGGUUCUCAGAGGACUAUCUAAUUGCAAAGUUAAUAACGUUUGCCCUCUGGUUUUCCCUGAUAUGAGACAUGUUGCAAAGGGCUGUGGGAAUGGGAUUAGUAACAAGACAGAAUGUUGUAGUGCCAUGGAGAGCUACGUGUCUCACUUGCAGAAGCAGAGCCUCGUAACCAACUUGCAAGCUCUGAAUUGUGCUACAACUCUAGGAAUGAAGUUACAGAGGUCAAAUAUUACAAAAGAUGUUUAUAGCCUUUGUCAUAUAACCCUUAAGGAUUUCUCCCUUCAAGUUGCAAUUCAAGAGUCUGGAUGCCUUCUACCAAGCUUGCCUUCUGAUGCAACAUUUGAUCAGUACUCAGGGAUCAGCUUCAUUUGUGAUUUGAAUGACAAUAUUCCUGCUCCAUGGCCAUCUACAUCUCAGUUAUCAGCAUCAUGCAAUAAAACCAUAAAAAUUCCAGCACUUCCUGCUGCUGCAAAUGCUCAAAGUGGUCUGUACAAUGAAGAUGUGAUAUUUUAUGUGCUGUUUGCUGCCUCAUCUGUUACCAUGAUGCUCUUGUAGUCUAUUGUUUGAGCCAUUCCCGCAUCUUCCCAGCACCAAGAAUGUUAGCUAUUGCAUGACACAGUUUUUUUACUGGUUGUGGAAUGAGGUUAAUGAUCGAUAGAGGUCUCACAUGUCUAACUCCCAUCCAACCAACCAAGCGUACCAGGGAGAGUCUCAACCCGAAGUGAAUCGAUCAAGUUUACCUUUUCUGAUUGUAUUAAUUCGUGAUUCUUGCAUGCUUGUUGUAAUAAAAUUUUUGUAAAGGAAUACUAGGAAAGAGAAAAGAUAUAAUAUUGUAUGUAGCAAAAUCAAUAUAAGAUACUGAAUGCAUCCCUAUUUGACUGUCCUAACCAUGUAAAAAAAUUUGGAUUGCUGAUCAGUUUAAGAGCUUACUCUUCUUGCUCAAAAA